AGAACUGAUUUUUGUUAGCUCCUCUGAGAGCUUUUUUGGUUAAAGGGUAGAGUUCAGGGAUUUUUGAGUAAUUAUUGUUCUCUCUCCAAGUUGUUUGAUGGUGUGUCCCUUUUGAAGUUCUGCUCCAUUAUUCAUUGCAAUGGUGUGGAUAGGUAGCCUUAAUAUUAUUUUUUCUUCACACAAAAGAUGUAUUGGCAGAAAAUGACACAAAGCAGUGGAACUAUGCCUGCAGUUGCCACAGAAAGAUGUGGCUGAAGUUAUACUUGGGGGUACUGUAUGGAAUAAUAAAGACAAAUGUGAAAACUCAGGAUAAAUAUGGGGAAAGACAUGGUUCCUCACCUCUUCUUUGCUGCUGUGCCACUGGCAGUUUAAACUCACCAGCUCAGGACUCAUCCAGAUAAAAUGUGGUCAUUUAUUCAUAUGUCUGCCCUGUCCACAUAGAGAGAUGAUUUUGGAUUUCUUAUUUUAACAGUAAAAGGAGUGAAUGGGAGAUGGGUGCUGAACUUUCCUCCCUCCAGUGCCUUUCCACCUCUCAUUCCAUUGCUCCAGACACUUCUGGCUCUGAAACUGGAAUUGAGUUGGGAAUGGAGAAAAGUAGCAGGACUACGAGGAAGUAAGGUGCAGGAAGGGAGAAAGUUUAGACCAUCCUCAGCUUGCUGCAUGUUAUACGAGAGCAGAAUGGGCAUGUAAAAGAUAACAGGUAUCUUCCACCAUCAUAACAAAGUUGGACCUUAAAACAUUACAUGACCUCUGGACUUCCCGGAAGGAGUGCUGGCUGGUGGUUGUCUCUGAGGGAGCUCUAUCUCAGAGAAAGCUUAUUUCAGUUUAAAGUCAAUCAAGAGGAAUCUAUGACUGGCGUAAAUGUUCUCCAAGAUAAAAGGAGAACCGAAGAUUAUCCACGUAACUUCGUCGAGUUGCAGAUAGCUGGAUUUGAUCAGGAAUCCCCUGAGAUAAGAAGGCUUACCUGGCAACGGAAGACGGAGCUUGGAUUUCCAACAUGCUGUGCUGAAAAAUGACAACCAGGAAAGCAGCCAAAGUUUUAGAGCGAAGAGUUUCAACUGAUACACAGGAAGGAAUAGACAUGUUUCAGAAAAUUAUGAAGGGAUUUAAUGAUUUUAAACAAGAGAUGAAACAAGAGAUGAAACAGGACAGACAACAAUUUAAAGAUGAAUUUCACAAUAUGAAAAAGGACUAUAAAGAUUUACAAGAUCAUAUCAAAACAGAAGUGGGUGAGAUUAAAAAUAAUAUUGGGCAAUUAACACAGGAAGUAAAAAAUGUUAAAGAUAAGGUGCAAACCUUAGAGAAUAGAAUUGACAUUGCAAAUGUGGAAUUAGAAAAAAAUCUGGAUUAUUUUGCUGUUAUGGAAUUUAGAGAUAAAGAAUAUUGCUUGAGAUUCCGUGCAAUUCCUGAGGAAACAGGUGAAGACAUCAGAGAGAAAAUUGUUACUGUUUUAGCAAAAUCCUUGGAAAUGAAUGAAGAUCGGAUGGAAUUUGAAAUAGAUACAGUUUACAGAAUUAAUUCCAGAUAUGCAACAAUGAAAAAAAUCCCAAGAGAUGUACUUGUUAAUUUUCUAAAAAGAAAGACUAGAAAUACAGUAUUGCAACACCAUUUUAACAAUGGCUUCAAAAUUGACGGUAAAGAAAUACUGGUGAUGAAGGAAAUUCCUAUUAGACUUUUACGAAAGAGAAAAGAAUAUGCUUUUUUCACAGAAAAACUUAAACAAUGUAAAAUUCAAUUUAGAUGGGAUAUUCCAGACGGAGUGAUUUUUACAUUCAGACAACAGAAGUAUCGAUUAAAUACUGUUCAAAAAGCAAGGGAUUUCUUGAGAAAAGCUUCAAAAGAUAUGGAAGAAGAUAAACUCAAAGACAUGGAUACAAUUCCUGGGAAACAAAGUCAACAGAAACAGGUAGAAGAAGAAAAGGAUGACGAUGAAUCAAAGGGAGCAACAGGUACAGACUUUUCUAAAAUACAUGCUUAAAAAUGGAUUACAAAUAUCUAACUUGGAAUAUAAAUGGAGCUAAUUCGUCGCAGAAGAGAAAGUAUUUCAUUAUUUGAAAAAAUUAAAAUUGGAUAUAAUUUGUUUACAAGAAACUCAUAUUAAGAAGAAAGACUCCAA